GAUGGAAGAGCGGCCGCUCAGGAAGUGGAUUGCCGCACUGGGAAAGGAGGGAGGGGAGUUAGGCACCGGGCGAUGUGGAGAGUCUAGAUUGCCCCCUGUGCGGUAGUGGCUGUGCUUACGAUGGCUGCUUUGCCCGGUCCGGUACCUCGGCCGCGUAGCGGCGGCGGCUGCUGCUCCGUGCACUGGUUCAGACGGGGGUUGCGUCUUCACGACAACCCCGCUUUGCAGGCAGCUAUCCGAGAAGCGACCUCCGUGCGCUGCAUCUACAUCUUGGAUCCCUGGUUCGCUGCGUCCUCCGCGGUGGGCAUCAACCGCUGGCGGUUUUUGCUCCAGUCUCUGGAAGAUUUGGACAACAGUUUAAGAAAACUUAAUUCCCGUUUAUUUGUAGUACGAGGGCAGCCAACUGAUGUUUUUCCAAGACUCUUUAAAGAAUGGGGGGUGACCCAUCUCACUUUUGAAUAUGACUCAGAGCCUUUUGGAAAAGAGAGAGAUGCAGCUAUAGUGAAAUUGGCUAAGGAAGCAGGAGUAAAGGUGACAACAGAGAAUUCACACACCCUUUAUGACCUAGAUAGGAUCAUUGAGCUGAAUGGACAUAAACCACCCCUCACUUACAAACGUUUUCAGGCCAUCAUUAGUCGCAUGGAUCUGCCCAAAAAGCCAGUCAGCACCAUAACAAGCCAACAAAUGGAGAUGUGCCAGACAAAGAUCCAAGAGAACCAUGAUGAAACCUACGGAGUGCCAUCUCUAGAGGAAUUAGGUAUUUUUGGGUUUCCCACUGAGGGACUUGCUCCAGCUGUUUGGCAGGGAGGGGAGACUGAAGCCUUAACUCGUCUGGAUAAGCAUUUGGAAAGAAAGGCAUGGGUUGCAAACUAUGAACGGCCAAGGAUGAAUGCCAAUUCGUUAUUGGCCAGCCCCACAGGGCUGAGUCCCUAUCUUCGAUUUGGCUGCUUGUCUUGUCGCUUAUUCUAUUAUCGGCUUUGGGAACUUUACAAAAAGGUGAAGCGGAACAGCACUCCACCUCUGUCACUUUAUGGCCAAUUACUCUGGAGGGAAUUUUUUUAUACAGCUGCCACAAAUAAUCCUAAAUUUGAUCGCAUGGAAGGAAAUCCUAUUUGCAUCCAGAUCCCAUGGGACAGGAAUCCUGAAGCCUUGGCAAAGUGGGCAGAAGGCAAGACAGGUUUCCCCUGGAUUGAUGCAAUUAUGACCCAGCUGAGACAGGAAGGCUGGAUUCACCACCUGGCCCGGCAUGCUGCAGCCUGUUUUCUUACUAGAGGUGACCUUUGGAUCAGCUGGGAAUCUGGAGUGAGGGUAUUUGAUGAGCUGCUUCUGGAUGCAGAUUUCAGUGUGAAUGCAGGUAGCUGGAUGUGGCUUUCCUGCAGUGCUUUCUUCCAGCAGUUUUUCCACUGCUACUGUCCUGUUGGCUUUGGGCGUCGUACAGAUCCCAGCGGUAACUACAUUAGGCGGUAUCUACCUCAAUUGAAAGGUUUUCCAUCACGCUAUAUCUACGAGCCCUGGAAUGCCUCUGAGUCAGUUCAAAAGGCAGCAAAAUGUAUAAUUGGGGUAGACUAUCCCAAACCCAUGGUAAACCAUGCAGAGACCAGUCGACUAAACAUUGAACGCAUGAAGCAGAUUUAUCAACAGCUCUCACGCUACAGAGGACUUUGUUUAUUGGCCUCUGUCCCAUCCUGUAUAGAAGACUUCAGUAAUAUAACCACAGACCUUUCUUCAGCCCAUGGAAGCUGCAGCAAUACAACACUAAGGCAGUCCCACUGUAGUCAGACUUCUCCAAAACGGAAAUGCGAUGCUGAGGAAGACAAUAGUGAAGAGCUCCACAAAAGAGUUAGGAUGAUGGUACAUCGGGUAUCAAAGAAACCACAACAACUUUCGCAAGUGAGUAGCUACAGGUUGGGUUAGAAGACCACCAAGAUCCCUUUCCACUCUGUUAUUCUGUUAUGCUGUGAAUGUUAGAUAUUUGGGACUAGGGCAAAUAAUUUGGAUUUCUAUUGUUUACUGCUUUGAGACAACAGUGCAAAGACAUAAAAGGGACAGCCCAAAGGACUGAGGAGGAAGGUAAAAUUUUGAGCCUGCUUCCCUAGUUUUUGGAAUGUUACUUUGAGGGAAGAUAAGUACAUUACUUCAUAAACAGAAUUUAAUGGCUCUGGUUUCUACAUUUGGUGUCGAUUAAAUUAUCCUUUCAAAUUUUGCAUUGUUCUGCAGAAAUUCAGCAGCAUGGGAAUUACAGAAUGGGGCUGGAAGAGGAAAGUCUUCCAGAUUGCUAUCCUUGCCUUAGAUUUGCUCUCAGGGUUACAAUAUAGGGUUUUUGGAAAUUUCCCAGGAUUGUUGUCUUCCCACUCUUAAAUAUUGAGUCUAAAGUUAUUUUUUUCUUAAUACAUAUAUGACCUGUACAAUCACAAUUGCUUGUCAGAAAGAAAUACUUUUGUUUCAUUUUUCUAAAAACUUAAUCAGAAGUGACACUUUUGUGAACAUUCUGCAAUACAAAAUAAUCAGAAAGAGCGAAGGUCUUACAUAUUGAUCCUUCUCGUUUAUUUAGUACAUACAGAGUCAAAACUUUUUCCGUCUUGAGAGUUUGCACAGGAAUAGUUGUAACUGGUCUAUUUUGGGCACUGCAAAGAAUACAGAAAAUAUAAAAGAAAGAUCUGAGGAACUAUUGGUUUCUCUUAGAUUACCUACCUGAAUAUAAAUUAAUAUCAGUAUAAUAUUAGAAGUUAGGAGAGUUGAUGUUCCAUAUAAAAUAUUGAAAAAUAUGACUUCUACUAGCAUUUUAAAGUUUUUGUUUUGUGUUUCCUUAAUUGCAGUUAUUAUUUAAAAAAGAGACACAUUGUUAUAGGUUAGUUGAUUCAGCUGAUUCCUUUUUUCUUUUAGACUACUAGCCCAAUUGGGAUGAGCAUUUUUGAUAAUGAUCAGAAAUUUUAUUAUUUAAUAUUCAUUAUACAAUAUCUCAUUUUGAAACUGCCAAUUAUAGCCAACUUUCAUCAUUAAAACAAUAAGUAUAUUUAUAUUUCAUAUUUUUGAACAGCCCAUCUCCCUCAAGGAGGGGCUCUGUUGCCUUUUUAAUAACAGCAUGGACACUGAGACAGACCUUUUUUCAAUUUGUUUAGGUCACUUUCUUUCUCAAACCUCCUUAAGGUUUUUUCUUUCAGGACCCCGUCCCAUUUUUAAAGAUUAUGGAGGACCAUAAAAGAGCUUUUGUUUGUAUGGAUUAUAUUUCUGAAUUUUUACAAUAUUAAAAAUUGAAAUCAAUCCUGCUACCACUACUUCUCAUAAUUGUUUGAUGGAUUUUUAAUAUUGUAUUAUAUUGUAACAUAGGCUGGCAAAUAAUUUUGAUUUCAUGGACCCUUAGAGGUCCUUGAACCCGACUUUAAGAAACAUUGGCUUAGGAAUUCUGGGAGUUGACGUCCACAAGUCAUAAAGGGGCCAUAGUUCCCCCACUUCUGGUUUAGGUGUUUCCUUUUGUUUAAAAGUAUUUGUUAGACUUCGACAAGUUGGGACUUAAAGGGAGUCUGCAGAAGGCAGACUGUUUCAAAUUUGGUUCUUUGAUGCUAAUAUGUUUCCGUUGAGAGUUAGUUUUUUAUUUUCCUUUCUUGAAGCAGAAAUAUGAUUAUAUACUAGUAGCUUAGUCUUUACCUUUUGAUUGCCAAAUAAAGCAUUCAUUCAUUCAUUCAUAGCAUGUAAAUAUUGCCUUCCUCCAAGAUCUCAAAAGGGUUUACAUGGAGCUUACUUCAUUUUUAUC